UGCGUACACAGAUUGUAAAUAACUUUCCAAGCGACAAAUCGCGAGCAAGUCACCGCCAAUAAAGCUAAAAGAACGCCUGAUCUAACCAACUUUGGGGCGUCCAAGCGAGCUGAAAUCAUGCCACAUUCUAAAGGACCUACCAAGAAAGCUAAAGCAACCAUGAAUGGUGAUGUACACCACGAGGAGUCUGCAACAACGAGCGAUAAAUCGUCUGAGAGCUACGAGUGUUGUUUUCCUAAAGGCUGCACCCUCAAAACACCAGUCAAGCUACGUCAGGCUGUUCGGGUUAUUUGCAAUAACGAUGCGUGCUCGUACGGUUGUUAUAUGCACGCUGAAUGCUUUGAGCUCUUCGAAGACGAUAUUUUGACGUAUUUACGUGGUACAGGAAGGGCUAGGAGUUGGAGCGAAAAGCAGAGACGCCAGAAUAUAUGGACAAAGAAAGGAUAUGAUUUAGCGUUCAAAUGCUGUGCUUGUGCUUGCAAUAAGGGCCAUUUGAGGAAAGAUCUGGAUUUUAUACCACCGACAGAGUCAGAGGAAGCUGCUCUAGCUAAAGUUAAGCGGAAAAAGAAGAAAACAAACGAUAAACCGUGCAUUGGUAGCGGGGCUAGGCCACGGCGGAGUUCACAGAGUUCGGUUUGUUCGCAGUCCCCACCCGACCGUAGCCCCAUCUCGCCGCCUGUGCGUACACCAACAAAGAAAACUAAAUCGGACGAGCAUUUCUUUGGGGAAUCUUUCCCGGUUCUUGAAAGCGUGGAGUCCAUUCCACCACCCCCAGCCCCUACAAACGGUCAUAUAUCGUUGAACUUUUUAAAGAGGGCCGAUUUCGACUCGUUUCUAGCGGUUCUCCCUAAGCACAAAGUAAACCCCUACCAUAUAAAAAUGGAGGAUGAAGGUUCAGAGGAUGGACGAUAUUUUGUUCUUUCUAGCCUCUCUUCACAAAUGACAACGAACGUGAAUUGUGUUUUAUGCAGUAGACAAUUGCAAGUCUUCGAUAAAUACCCACUUAUAGAUGGAACAUUCUUCCUUACUCCUCGAAAACUCGCCGCGCACUGCAUAGAAGUUUCGCAGAAAGGCAAAGCACGCUAUCUAUCCGCAGUAUGCAUGCAUUGCUUAGAAGGUGUACCGAAUGCGAUAAAGUGCAAACUUUGUAGUAAAACAUGGGAUGGUUCCACACACCAACUUGGAACUCUGUAUACGUAUGACAUAUUCGCAGCGUCCCCUUGUUGUCAACAAAGGGUGGCGUGCCAAUCCUGUGGCAAGCCUGUCCUAGAGUUGAAACCAGAAAACGAUGUGCAAUUUUUCUCGGAAUAUAGCCAACGUCUAAAGUGUCCUCAUUGCGGAGUUUCGGCAUAUCACUGUAUAAAACCUCUCACUUCCUUCGCUAUGCCCUGUCGCUAGACCCCUCAAGACUCACUUUAUAAAAGUACGGUUAAAGGUUGUGAUUUAUCAGCAAGAACAGCCAAUGUGAGGCUUUUGAGGACAAAUGCUUGAAAAUGGAAGAGAAAAUGCUUGAAAAUGGAAAAGACAAAAUCUGCAGUAAUAUGAUGGAACCCAUUGACUUAAGAAGCUAUAGUAUAAAACAGGCUUUACAUAUAGUUGUGUUUCCAGGGCCAUAGCAGGCCUCGAAAUAUUAGGGGGGGGGGGGGGGCACAAUGCAGAAACAUUAAGAAAAUAUUGGGGGGCUUAGCCACGCCCCUACUGGUCAUUUUCUUAUAAUUUUUGAUAAUAUUGGGGGGCCCAGUACCCACAGUGCCCCACUUCCUGCUACGGCCCUGGUAUCUAAGGGGGGUUGGUUUGGGGUGGGAAAGAGGGAAGGGGGAAGGCUUGCGGUGGCUAAGAACUCUGGUUUGGGCUGGGAGAGGGGGAAGGCUAAGAGAAAAUGAGCAGUGAUUUUUAAGUACCAUCACAUACCUGUCAACUCUACCGCAUUAGGCGGGAGUCUCAAGAUUUUGGAUUCCUUCUCCCGCUCUCCCGCAGCACCAAAUCUCCCGCUGAAUCCCCUCUGAAAAGAAGCUGUCCCUCUAAAGAGCAUUUGUGAAGGUAAAGACAAUAGACCAUUUUCACGAUGUUGCGCACGCAUCCAAAAUGCCACAGACUGGCGGGCCUAAGCUGAUCAAAAAUGCAGGCGAAGGGGAAUUUAACUACAAAAUUCCUUGAAAGAAGCACUCUGACAGCAUUUUCUAAGUCCACUUUGUACGCCAUUUUAGAUCACCCAAGGCCUGACAGUCUGUGGCAUUUUGAUAUGCGCACAACAUCGUCAAAACGGUCUGUUUUUAAAGAAGAGGUACUGAUUUGAUUUUUAGAAAGGCGAUCCAGUGGGUUUUUUUUGGGGGGGAGGGAGGGGCAUUCUUGUGAUUAUGAUAUCAGCCUAUUCUUUUCUCCAAACUGAUAGACAGAAACAAAGGAAGUAUGAACUAGAUAAGAAAAAAAGGCAUCCUAGGGCCCAGGAUUUGGUCACUUAAUUUAUCAUCUCAUUUUAUAUGUGCAUUUACAUACACUGCCCAAGGGUUUUUAAAAGCUGAAGCUUUUGAAAUAUGGCAGAACUUUUGAUUUGUUUAUUUGUUGAUGUAUAAUUAUAUGGUGUUUUCCAGACAUCAAGGAGUGAAUCCAAUUGUACACAGCUAUUGUACAGUUUAUUUGUCAGAAAUAAAAAUAAAAUGUAUAAAUAGA